AUGCUGCCGGGGUUGAAGCAAGGGGAAGAAAAGAUGUCUAAGAGCGACCCGGAUUCUUCUAUCUUCGUGGAGGAUGAAGCUGCUGAGGUAUCUCGCAAGAUUAAGAAGGCAUUCUGCCCUCCUAAAACUGUGGCUGGCAAUCCAUGUAUAGAGUAUAUCAAAUACAUUGUUUUGCCUUGGUCCGAUGAGUUUAAGGUUCAACGAACUGACAAAAAUGGUGGUGAUAAGAUCUACAAAAAUUUUGAAGAACUAGCCCAGGAUUAUGAAACUGGUACAUUGCAUCCAGGUGAUGUGAAAUCUGCCUUAAUCAAAGCACUGACGAGAUAUUAG